GAUACCUGUACAGGAUUUCUGUUAGGUGGAAUAGGAGAACUCAAUAAAAGUAGACGACCAAACUUCAUGGUAGUUGAAAAAGAUACCAGCAUCAAUGAGAUAGAAGAAUGUUUCAAGGGUUUCCUCACCAGAUCAGACAUUGCUAUUAUUUUGAUAAAUCAGAAUAUAGCGGAACUCAUUCGUCAUGUCAUUGAUCAGCAUACAAUACCCAUUCCGUCGGUUUUAGAGAUUCCAUCUAAAGAUUGA